UUGCGAGCAGCGGCCAGACGUCACUGUGCAGAUUUCUCGAACUUUGUACUUAUUGCGCUGUAGUACUGUGUAUAAAACUGACUGUCAAUUUGAAUUCGCCCUCUUUUUUUGAUUACUUAAUUGUGCUAGUUGAAAGUACCCGAAACAGAUUUGCGAUUAAAAUGACUAAGCCAGAAGAAGUUUUUGUGAGCCAGAAUGUUGGCCAAGAAGAUGCUGUUGCUGAAAAAGUGAUGAAAAGUGAAUUUCUUGAAAGAGUGUCUGAAAUUCCAGCUGUGAAUGUAGCUAAAGAAUACAGCACGGCUGCAUAUGACAAAGUUAAACAAAUGAACAGAUUCACCGCAGCUGCUCUUUCUAUUGCUGAAACUACAGCCCUUUACUUUGCUGUUACUGCUAAGCCUUUUCUCGAAAAGGUGCAGCCUCAAGCUCAACUAGUUGAUCAUUUAGCAUGUCGUGGUUUAGAAGCUGUGGAAGAAAAGAUUCCUUUCUUGAUGAAACCUCCAGAACAACUUGUAGAAGAUGCUCGUAAAUUGUGUUCGACAACUGUAGAAAUGGGAUACCAGAAAGUGGAUGAAAUUAAAAGUAUGGGAUCUGAAACUUUGAAUAAUGUGAAAAAUUAUGGUCUUCAAAAAGCAAAUGAAGCUUUGACUGGAACUGAAGAAUUAGUCGAUAAAUAUUUGCCUCCUGCUUUUGGUGAAGGUUCACCCGAAGCAGCGGCAACUGAAGAUGGUAAAAGUGUGCCAGAAAGAGCAAGCCAAUUGACCAGCAAAAUUGGGCUUCGUGUUUAUGGUCAUGGAGUUAAGCAUUUGUUAGUUGUGCACAGGAUGAGCCAGGAAUCUGUUGCUAAACUUAUUUACACUAUGGAACUUUUACAACAACUAAAGCAGGAUUAUGGUAAUAAAACUGUCCAAGAGUACAUCGAUGAAGCAAAAGUGAAAGCCACUUGGAUUUGGGAUGAACUUAACAAGGAACCAGCUGAAGCUAGUGAUGAUGCACAAAAAAGUCUAGAACAAAGAAUGCUUUCUCUGGCUCGACGAAUGACCUCUGUACUAGUUCAUGCUUAUAGUUUAACAGCAAUUCCACUCUCUGCUUUGCCACAAACAUACAGUGAGGGAGUUCAGGCUGCAAGUCGAUAUGCUACAGAAUUGUUUUCCCAAAUCGAUCAGGCAUCUAAUGCAGGUGAAAUCACAACCACAAUCCUCCAGGGUUUCCAAGAUAAACUUACUGCUCUACAGGCUGUCAUUCAGAGACUGACUUCUCAAACCGAAGAAAUUGAAAUGGAAGACUUGAGUGAAUCAAAAAGUUCAGACAAACUUGAAACUGAAGUCAAAUCUGAAUCUGCAUCUUCCUAAAAACUUAUGUUCUUUUUCUGUUAUAAUCUGUAAAAUGUUCUUUUAAUUACAAUAAACUUUCUUGUAUUUUUUGUCUUUUUAAAAA